AUGUCAUUUAAAGAAUCAAAAUCCUGCGCUUGGGUUCUGCAGCAGCUUUGGAGACCAAACUCAAUCGAGUUUUGCCAAGUCCCUCUGCUUGAUACUAUUUUUAUCGAAAAAUCAGUCGGGUCACCUUACAAAUGGCUCUUCACUGAUAAGAACGGCAUCGUCAAAAAGAAAACAUCACAAAAUUCCACAAUUGACGUAAUCACAGCCAAGUUUACUGCAGUCCCUCUUAGAGACUCAAACACAGCUCAGCUUUUUGCUUACUUAAUUGUUGGGAAUGAUUUUCGAAAAUUGAGCAGAAAAGAUUUUCUAGAUAUUUUGCAUCACCAAGAUAUCAAAGAUGAUGAAGCGAUACAAAUAGCUAAGCCUUUAUUAGAGGAAAGUGCAAGGUAUAUUGCAGAAUUUAAAUUAGAUGAUGGAAGACCUUUAAUUAAAUAUUGAAAAAUCUAUGAAUUAGAUGGGCAGGAAAUAAAAGUUCAGCUUGCUGGGCAAAAUAUGAUUGAGGCUUUUAAAAACAUUGGGCAGCUGGUCAUAAAUUCUAUAGAAAAAAAUACAAGAUUCAGGCUCGCUUCAAUCAGCCUGAUUUUUGUGCAAGAUACAACAAGGAAAUUCUGGCUUAUGGGGAGCAAUGACUGUGUAAUUUUUAAUGUAAAACCACUUGAAAGGAAGCCAACUCAUUUGAACACGAGUUCAAAUAUUACAGAGCCUUUAUCAAAUGUAUCAAGAAAUGUUCAAACAAGCGUUUCUCCAUAUCCCCUUGCAAGAUCUCAAAGUUUAACAAGAAGAAACAAAGAUCUGGCUAAAUUCAAAACAAAUGUCAAACCUUGUGCAGGAAGUUUUUGCAAUUUUAUAAUGAAAAGUAAAGAUCCAAACUUGGUGAAAGCUAAAAUUGACUAUGAGCAUUUAAUAUCAAAAAUUACCUUGUCAUUUCAAGGAGAUUCUAGCAGCAAUAGCGCUAAAUUUAAACUAGAAAUGGGAAGCGAUUAUAUUGAGCAAGAAAGAGAAAGGCUUAAAGGCAAAAACGUUGUAAAUGAAGUCCCUUAUAAAUAUAUUUUGAUAGGACAAAGUGUACUGGCCAAUAUGAAUGAAAAUGCAAAAAAUAAGGAAAUUCUUGAUAUCGAUAUAGCUGAUAUAUUAAGAGUACCAUCGCCCAGUAAAGGGCUAGAAUAUAUGCAAACCAACACUAAUUUAAUUCCAAACCCUUUAUCUCACCCUAGCAGAAUUUAUGAUACUGUAAAAAUUUGUGAUAGAUGCUAUGAAGUUUACAACACAAUCAGAGUGAUUAGAUCUAAAAAACCAGAAGCCCCAGUCCAUAUUAAAAAACCCAGCUCUCGGCCUAUGUCCUCUCAAAGCUAUUCCCAGCUUUCUUCUUUCUCCAAAAGAGAUUCUCCACUCAGAAAUGUUUAUAAACCUCCAAUAGUGUCACUUACAACUCCAACUGUCGCUAAAAAUCAUGCUGGGUUAAAUAAAGCUUUAAAUGACGAAGAAUUAAAGCAUGCAAGCGCUGCUAGUAAAAAACAAUUCUCAAUGCUGUAUAAUUUGGUUACAGAAAAUAUGAAAAAAGAAGAAGCGGACAUAGGAGAUGAUGGGGUGAUGUUUCAAGAGGUAGCGCAAAAGUUCUUUCCUGGUGAUUAUGCGAACACUUGGAAUGUAAAAACUCAAGAAGAAAAGAAUAUUGAUAGCUGGAAGAACUAUAUAAAAAGUUUGAAAAAUAGACCUAUUAUAAGGAAAAAAUUUUAA